AUGCCCAGUUUAAUAGAUACUCAGGCCUCAGCGGAGGUGGACUUCAUCCCCAUCCCAGAGUCAGCUUCGUAUCCUACAGGAAGUCUCGACUUUCUCGUGAAGUUUCAGCAGAAAGAAGAGCAACGGCUGAAGGCAAUGCGAGCCUCCUCAUUGAUCAAUCUGGAAGAUAGGUCACCGAUACGACUCGAUAUCAUUGUCGUUGGUGCUGGCUUGGGAGGUCUCGCUGCUGCCAUUGCACUCGCCCGGAGGGGUCACAAAGUCACUGUCUUCGAACAAGCCCCUGAGCUUGGAGAGGUUGGAGCCGGUAUACAGAUACCCUCGAAUUCGACUCGACUACUGAUAAAAUGGGGUCUGGAGCCCUUCCUGGCAAGCAAGAUCGUGAAGCCAGGCCACAUCGCCUUCCGUAGAUGGGAGGACGGUAAGACCAUCGGCUUGACCAAGCUCAUCCCACACUUUGAACGGGAAUUCGAUGCCCCUUACUACGUAUUGCACCGAGCACAUUUCCACGACGCCAUGUACCAGCUAGCGCUUCAAUUGGGCAUCGUGGUGAAGAUCAAUUCCAAAGUCCUCGACUACGACGAGGACGCUCCCUCCAUAACGCUCGAAAACGGGGAAAUUCAUUUAGCAGAUCUGAUCGUUGGCUCUGACGGCUUGAAAUCAUACGCGCGGACGAAAGUGCUCGGUGGAGUUGACCAAACACCCAAGAAGACAGGCUUCGCAGCCUACCGCGCAACGGUAGAUGUGGAGAAGAUGAAAGCGUAUCCGGACACUGCAGAGGUUUGUGCAAAGCCGAAUUUGAAUCUAUGGGUCGGCGACAUGAGACACGUCAUGACAUACAUGAUCGCAGGGGGGAAGUCGUUCAACAUGGUUCUAUCGCAUCCGGACCGUUCAGAUCCCAGAACAUGGGCGUCUCAAUCCUCCGAGCAGGUCCUCGCAGGCAUGCGCGCACAUUUUAAGGGUUGGGAUCCUACGCUCACCAAGAUCAUUGACAUGAUCGACACGACACUCAAAUGGCCGUUGAUGAGCGGCUCGCCCUUACCAAGGUGGGUGUCACGAUCCAACAAGCUUGUGAUCAUGGGAGACGCAGCGCACGCGAUGGUGCCGUACAUGAGCCAGGGUGCCGCAAUGGCCGUCGAGGACGGAGCCGCGCUCGCGGAAGCUCUGCAUCACGUCGAGAGCAUCGAUGACCUGCCGCGAGGCCUGCGCGUCUGGGAAGCCGUUCGCAAGGACAGGGCGGACAAGAUGCAGGAAGCCAGCUUGAUCAACGGCAAGCUGUGGCACUUUCCGGACGGGCCCUUGCAACAGGCUCGUGACGAGGGUAUGAGACCUGAAGUCGAGGGUCGCGAGUAUGUCACGAGUCCCAACCAGUGGAGCGAUCCCACGACGCAGCGUUGGACGUAUGGGUACGAUGCGGAGUGGGAGAUUAAGAAGGCUUUUGCGGGUUUACGGAAGAAGUUAUCCCUGCCAGAAGUCAAGCUAUCCAGAUAG